ACAUCAAUGGAAUAUUGUCUUCUAGGUCUUCUUCAUAUCCUGAAAACACAAUCAGUGCCUUCAAGGCUGCUAGUCGUCUGGGAAUAGAUUAUGUUGAAAUGGAUGUCCAAGUUUCUAAAGAACGAACUCCAGUAGUAUUUCAUGACACAACUGUCAAGCUUUGUUUAAAGGAUUUACCCAGUCCGCUGAUUCUAGAGGUCCCAGUGAAAGAUCUUACCAUAGAACAAAUGCAAAAUGCCAAGGUUGCAGGUAUAAAAGAACAUGAAGCAUAUCUGAAGGCCAAAGAAGAAUCUGGUAACUUAGAUUCUGUUGAAAUGGAUUUCCAACUUUUUCCCACACUGAAUCAUGUAAGUGUAUUGUUUCAAUCAUCACUACACAAAUCAUGUUUUGAAAGGAUUGAUCAUUAUGUUAGCAUACAGGAAUAUCAAGGUAGACAAACAGUAGAUACAUUUUAUAUGGAAUAA